CACUCACCGCGGCGGGAGGGGCCGGGUGGCCGGGGCCCGCGCUCCUCUCGGCCGCUGCUCGUGGCCCGCCCCGCCGCCCCGGCCCCUCGGAUGACAGUAUAUAUUCCAGGCGGGCGCGGGACACGGGCGAGUAGCCGAGCCGAAGGAGCCGCGGGAUUGUCGAGGGAGGUGCGGGACCUGAGGCCUGGGACAGCUGAGUGACGCAUAUGGACUGUUGACUGCUCUGUGCCCCUGGUCACCAGGCUGUGACAGGAGGAUAGCUCUCCCUACUCUGUUUUUACCAAGCUUCACUACCAGAGCACUAUGAAUGUCAAUGACCUCAAACAAAGGCUGUCCCAAGCUGGGCAAGAGCACCUGCUGCAGUUCUGGAAUGAGCUGCCCGAAGCCCAGCAGGUAGAGCUUUAUAUGGAGCUCCAGGCCAUGAACUUUGAAGAGCUGAACUCCUUUUUCCGGAAGGCCAUUGGCGAAUUUGAUCGAUCCUCUCACCAAGAAAAGGUGGAUGCACGAAUGGAGCCUGUGCCCCGGCAGGUUUUGGGCAGUGCUACCAGAGAUCAAGAGCAGCUGCAGGCCUGGGAAAGGGAAGGACUUUCUCAGAUUUCUCAGAACAAAGUAGCAGUUCUUCUUCUAGCUGGUGGGCAGGGGACAAGACUUGGAGUCUCAUAUCCCAAGGGCAUGUAUGAUGUUGGCUUGCCAUCCCACAAGACGCUUUUUCAGAUUCAAGCAGAACGUAUUCUGAAGCUCCAGCAGUUAGCUGAAACACACCAUGGCAACAAGUGCAUCAUCCCAUGGUAUAUAAUGACCAGCGGCAGAACAAUGGAAUCAACGAAGGAGUUCUUCACAAAGCACAAGUUCUUUGGUUUAAAAAAGGAGAACGUGGUGUUUUUCCAGCAGGGAAUGCUGCCUGCUAUGAGUUUUGAUGGGAAAAUUAUCUUGGAAGAGAAAAACAAAGUUUCUAUGGCUCCAGACGGGAAUGGUGGUCUCUACCGGGCUCUGGCAGCCCAAAACAUUGUGGAGGACAUGGAACAAAGAGGCAUCUGGAGUAUUCAUGUCUAUUGUGUGGACAACAUAUUGGUAAAAGUGGCGGACCCGCGGUUCAUUGGAUUCUGCAUUCAGAAAGGAGCAGACUGUGGGGCAAAGGUGGUAGAGAAAACGAAUCCCACAGAGCCAGUUGGAGUGGUUUGCCGGGUGGAUGGAGUAUACCAGGUGGUGGAAUACAGCGAGAUCUCUCUGGCAACAGCUCAAAGGCGAAGCUCAGACGGACGGCUGCUGUUCAAUGCAGGGAACAUUGCCAAUCACUACUUCACUGUCCCAUUCCUGAAAGAUGUUGUCAAUGUCUAUGAACCUCAGUUGCAGCACCAUGUGGCUCAAAAGAAGAUCCCAUAUGUCGACUCCCAGGGGCACUUCAUUAAGCCAGACAAGCCAAAUGGAAUAAAGAUGGAAAAAUUUGUCUUUGACAUCUUCCAGUUUGCAAAGAAGUUUGUGGUGUAUGAAGUAUUACGGGAAGAUGAGUUUUCCCCGCUCAAGAAUGCAGACAGUCAGAACGGGAAGGACAACCCGACCACCGCAAGGCAUGCUUUGAUGUCCCUUCACCACUGCUGGGUCCUCAAUGCCGGGGGACACUUCAUAGAUGAGAAUGGCUCUCGCCUCCCAGCCAUCCCCCGCAGUGCUACAAAUGGAAAGUCAGAGGCCAUCACAGCUGAUGUCAAUCACAACUUGAAAGAUGCCAACGAUGUACCGAUCCAGUGUGAAAUCUCUCCCCUCAUCUCUUAUGCUGGAGAAGGCCUUGAAGGUUAUGUGGCAGAUAAAGAGUUCCAUGCACCGUUAAUCAUCGAUGAGAAUGGAGUUCAUGAGCUGGUGAAAAAUGGCAUAUAAAUCCUAACAGGCCACAUAGGGAGCCGUUGUUUUGGUAGAUCAACUGUGAACCUGCUGGACCUCUCCUGGACAGCUGGAGUUUGGACAUGCAUAGAGUCUCAUUUGCUUGCUAGUAUCUGAUAAGCAACACAGACUUCCCAGAUCUAGAUGACUGGAUUUCAUUUUUAAAAGCAUUUUUUUUUUUUUUGUGAUUCUCAACUCACUGAAGGUCUUAUUUAUAUUUUUUAACUAUAUAAAUUCUUCCAAGCCAAGGCUCACAUUGGCCACCCAGGAAACUUCGUCAGCUUGACUGUGGUUGGAUGUUCAGCAUGACUUCACUUGAAGCUGGAAGCAUUUGUUUUCGAAGUUGUACAUAUUGAUAAGUCAGCGUACGUGUCAGAGGUUUCUAUGGUACUAAAAUUUUGUUUUAUUUUAUCAAGCAUUAAAGUUUUUUAAGAAAAUAACUGGACAGCAAAAUAAAAUUAUCCUCUUGUCACUGCCUUGUUUCUACCUUAAGAAAAUUCUAUUGGCAAAAUACAGAACUUGGGAAGUGUUUUGAGAUAAUGCAUAAACCAAGUGCGUGGAGUCACGGCUUUCUUCAGCAGGCAGCCGACAUUGGGCUUUGUCUUCUCUCACUUUCCAGUCUCUACCAAAUGUUUCCCAGAUGCAAAGGGCACUCGGCUCAGUUGGAGACACUUUUGGUACCUGGCUGGGCAAGUGGGGUGGUACUAAUGCCGAAAAGCAGAUCCAUACCAAAUGUGUAGAGCAACUCCUACAGCAAGGAGUGACCAGCCAGUGUCCUCCAUAGCAAAUGUCUGGAGUAACCUCCUACAGUGUGAGUGACCAGUCAGUGUCCCAGGAUUUAAGGUUGAGGCAUGCGUAAAUCAGUUAUUUACCUAUUGUCCCUACAUAUCUUGUAGCACUUAAAACAUAAUCACUGCAAUUCUGAUUUUUUAAAAAUUAUAAGAUUGAAAAAGAGCGGCAAACGUGAAUCUUCAAAAUGUACCAGAAGUCAUGAUUGUUGAUUAACCAUUUAUCUAAAAAUUCCAUCUAAAAAUGGAAAUACUGAGCAUUAUGGAUACAUUUAAAUAACAUGCUUUGGCCCCCUAACAUCUAGAUAAAUGCAAGAGUAUAGAAAUUAUAUUUAGAGACUAGCACAUUUUCUUUUCCAUUAAUAAGCUACUGUAAGAUGGACCAAGUGUGAGCCUUUCAGUGUCACUUUUUACAGAGCUUAUAUGUUGAUUGUUGGGUUUUGUUCAUUUGUUUUGUUUUUGUACUAAGGCCUACCUAAUAUAUCGUGCAUAUCUUCUAUUUCAGCAGCCCAAUGUUGCUGUUAUCUAUUGAAGAGAUUUAUGGAACUCGAGUUCUCUUUUCAUGAGCUCCAAGUGAAUUGAGUUUUUAGCACCUGAGUGUGGGAUCCAUUGUCAUUUUUUUUCCCAGAAC